AUGUUCUCCCCUUCCUGCCAGCUGGCACCUGAGGAGGAGGAGCUCGACCAAACCCUAGACGAAGAAGUGCUGUUGGAACAAGAAGUGGGCCCCACCACCGGUCCUCCUCCUCCUCCCCCCAAGCCAGCAGCCGAUCAACCUCCCCGCCGCUCCACGUUGGAUCUCCUCCAGAAAUACGGCGGCGGAGGGAGCCGGUCGUCUUCUUCUUCCACGUGUCCCACUCCUCCGCAGCGGCGGGCGUUGGCGGCCGAGGAAGCGCUGAGGAUUGCCGGGAAGAGGAUCGUGCAGUACUCCUCCGGAAAAGCCGGAGCGCCGUCGAUGCUCAACAUCCCGUUCGACCCUUCGCUGUCGCACCUGUCGAAGGAUGACGUCAGGAGCGUCGAGCUGGCGGAGUACCUGCUGGCGGCGGCGGAGCGGGUCGGGGACAGGCAGUUCGACCACGCCGCCGCUUUGCUGAAUCUGUGCGAGUCGUUGGCUUCCAGGACUGGCAACGCUGUUCAGAGGUUGGGUCACUGCUUCUGUCAAGCCCUGAGGGAGAAGAUUGCUUGCGACACAGGUAAAAAACCUCCUCAAGACAAGAAGAGAUCGGUUCCUGACUACCAUGAAUCUCUGCUGACGUCGGAUUUUGCAGUGAAAGCAAUGCAACGUGGAGCCAUGCCGAUGUUCCAGGUGCCACAUAUGGUCGGCAUCCAAGCCAUAAUCGAAAACGUGACCAAGGCAAACAAGAUCCACGUCAUCGAUCUCAAAAUUGGAAACGGCCACCAAUGGGUUGCCCUAAUGCAAGGUUUGAUGUCGCUUUCGGACCGAGAACCGGUGGAGCUCCUUCGGGUAACCGCCGUGGCAACCAUAACUUCCAACCAAUCCUCCAUCAAAGACACGGGGAAACGGUUGGCCAGCUUUGCCGAGAGCAUUGAAAUGCCGUUUCAGUUCAACAUUGUGGUCAUCAUAGACGAGGACGAGGCGUCCGAUUUUCGACCGGACCGGUUCGACCUGGACCCGGUCGAGGAAGCCCUGGUGGUUUACUCGGAGCGGGUGUUGCAAACCCUAAUAGGGCAACCACUUCGAAUCGAGCGAAUGAUGAGGGUGAUCAAGCGGAUGAACCCACGAGUCAUGGUGACCGUCGAGGUGGAAGCGAACCUUAACUCCUCGAGCUUCACGGGGCGUUUUGUGGAGGCCAUCUUUCACUAUGGCGCGAUUUUCGAGAACCUGGAGAGCAGCAUGGCUCGAGACAACCCGAACCGGUUGUGGGUCGAGACCGGGUUGCUCGGCCACCAGGUUGGCAACAUACUGGCUAGUGAAGGAGUGGAUAGGUACGUGAGGAGCGUCAAUCUUGACGUGUGGAGGAAGUUCUUUGCCCGGUUCGGCAUGGUCGAGCUCGAACCGAGCUUGACCGCUUCGCACCAGGCCAGGUGGUUCCUCGACCGGUUCACGGCCGGGACGCCGUACACGAUUGAGUCGAAUGAGAAGAGCUUGAUUCUAGGAUUCGAAGGUACGCCUAUGCUUAGUGUGUCUACUUGGAAGUUUAUUCAGUUUGCUAGACUGAUAAGUGACAAUCAAGAGCUGAGGGUGGAAUUCUACUAA